CUCUUUGUGCUUACCUUCAUUUUCAUUUUCAUUGACAUCUACUUAUUUACUUUUCAAUUCAAUGACAAUUUAUAUUUAUUCAGCUAGUCGAGCUGGGUUUUGAAUUUAAUUGACCAUAAUCCUACUCUGCUUUUUGACCACAAUGGAAGAUGAAAAUAUAUCAAACGAAAUUAUCUUGAACUAUGAGAUUCACCAGUUAACUCCUGUACCUUCACCCGCUACACCACAUUCCUCGGUCUCGCAGCCUUCGCCUAAUCCAACUGAGCCUGUAUCAGUAUGCAAGUGUCUAUUAUCUCCUGAACCUGAACCAGAACCAAUUAUUUCAGAACGCAAGAAAAUUAUGUUUUCAGCGGUAGCUCGAACAGAAGGAUAUUUACGUGAUCGACGUAUUCCUGAACUUAUAAGAUUCCUUCUAUGUAAAGUUUUGGCAAGAGAUCCUGAUUCUAACGUAUCUACUUUUUUGUCGCAACUUUUAGACGACUGCAUGUUAUACCGUGCUGGUCACGGAAACGCUCCAGUAUUGUUUGAAGACAGGCAUUUGAAAGCGAUUAUCAAUAGUUUCGAUCCAGGUCAACGAGGAUGGCUUACAGUUGGACAAGUACGCAGAGCUUUUCAGACGUUAGGCCUUACUCCAGAUGAUGAUUUACUUUAUGAUAGAACUCCAACCGAUAUAGUAUUGCAAAGUUUAAAGGAAAAACAAGAGCUGGAAUUAUUCAAUCUUUUGACUGCUGGAAUGAAACCCUGGCAUGCUGAUGAAGUUAGUGAACCUUGAAUGCUGAACCAAGACUAAAACGUUAUAUUUAUAUAGUAUUGUACUUAGUUUCAUAGGACAUAUUUAUUUGAAUAAUCUUUUAGCUUAUUUUAGAGAUAUGUUAAUUUAGUUUAAUGUUUAAUUUUACCUACAUUGUAAUUGUUUCCAAUGAAUUAAUAAUUAGAGUUCACAGGUGCAAUGAAAAUACACGGAAUAUAUUUUAAGAUGAGAAAGUAUACUUUAUCGAUUUUUUAUAUAAAAAUGUAUAAGCGCUUAGUGAAAAUUUAGUUUUUAACUGUUUUAGUUUGUUAAGGUAAUUAUAUUGUAACAUAUUUUAGAAUUAAACAAUUACUAACAUAACAUUUUA